AUGGCGGUACGAUCCGAAUCAGGAUCCGAAUUAGAAGAGAUCGGACCAUUGCCAUAUGAGAAGGAAUGUGGGAAGGAUGAAGACAUUCCUAUCCUUUUUGGAACAAAAUUCAAGGAUUGGAUAGAAAAUUCUCUUAUUGUUCUAAGCUGCAUGAAUCUAGACCUUUCACUUUUGAUUGAGCAACCCCCUUCUCUUUUGCAUGAAAGUUCUCUUAAAGAAAAUAGAAACAUUGAGAAGUGGUAUCGCUCAAAUCUCAUGAGUCUGAUGAUCAUUAAGCACAUCACUCCUGAGUCAUUUAGAGGUGUGUUAUCUGAAGAGAUAACUAAUGCUAAGGAUUUCCUAGUAGAAAUUGAGAAACAUUUAGCCAAGAACGAUAAGGCAAAAAUAAGCAUGCUUUUGCAAAGCUUGAUUUCUAUGAAGUAUAAAGUCAAAGGAGAUAUAAGGGAAUAUAUUAAGGAAAUGUCUCAUCUUGCUUUGAAACUUAAGGAUGUUGAGUUUGGUGGGAGAAAUAAGGUUGGAAAUAUAAUCUUUAAGGAGAUGGAAUCAGUUUCAGUUCCUAUUGUAGCUUUUGAUAAUGUGCAUGUUUCUAUAACUGUCAUUGAUCAAGAAGUUUAUUCAAAUCAUUAA